GGAAACGACGCAAAAAGCUUGGAGAAGAAGAGAUCCAGGAAGCGCUCGGUUGGCGUAACGCGAUACGAGCAAAAGGCGCGCGGGAAUCCGAUGGGUUCGUCCGCGAUAGGAACGAUAGCGACCAUAACCGCGAGCGUGACGCUCCUGACCCUGGUCACCGUCUCUCAAGCUGCUCUGGCUAGAACAGCGUUCGAAAAGCUGACGGAUUACGAUUACCGCGGGACCACUUAUUAUAGCGUGCGGAAUCUCUCGCUGUACGAGUGCCAAGGAUGGUGCAGAGAGGAAGCGGAAUGUCAGGCAGCGGCCUUCUCGUUUGUCGUGAAUCCUUUGGCGCCGAUGCAGGACACCCUCUGCCAGUUGCAAAACGAGACGGCUGCGACGAAUCCUGCCGCACAGCCUCAAAGGGCUGCGAACAUGUACUACAUGACGAAGCUUCAGAUCAGAUCAGAGAACGUUUGCUUGCGGCCAUGGUCAUUCGAGAGGGUCCCGAACAAGAUGAUCCGUGGCCUGGACAACGCGUUGAUUUACACGUCGACGAAGGAGGCCUGCCUCGCGGCUUGUCUGAACGAGCAUCGUUUCACCUGCCGUUCCGUCGAAUACAAUUACGUAACCCUGCAGUGUCAUUUGAGCGACUCCGAUCGAAGAACCACCGGUCAAUACGUGCAGUUCGUGGACGCCCAAGGCGUUGAUUACUUCGAAAAUUUGUGUCUGAAAGGAAAAGAGGCGUGCAAGUCCCAGAGGGUCUUUCAGAUGCCCAGAAUCGGCGUGGCCGACGACAAGGUGGCGCAGUACGCGGGUCUGCAUUAUUACACCGACAAAGAGCUCCAAGUUCAAAGCGAAUCCGCGUGCAGAUUGGCUUGCGAGAUCGAAAACGAGUUCCUCUGCAGAUCUUUUCUCUAUCGCGGCGCCCCUCAGGGAUCGGCUUACAACUGCCAGUUGUUCCAUUUGGAUCACUGGACUCUCCCCGAUGGUCCCUCGACGUAUCUCAACGCUGAACGCCCUCUGAUCGAUAACGGCGAAAGGGUUGGAACGUAUUUCGAAAACUACUGCGAAAAGGGUACGGGACCGAUCGCCGAUCCGCUUCCGGUCGUCUUCGAAACCACCGAAGACCCCACGAUAAACAAUCUCACGAGGAACGACAUUAAUUGCGACAAAACCGGUACCUGCUACGAUGUAUCGGUGGAUUGCAAGGACACGCGAAUCGCCGUUCAGGUUCGUACGAACAAACCUUUCAACGGCCGUAUCUAUGCUCUUGGGCGAUCCGAAACCUGCAACAUCGAUGUGAUCAACAGCGAUCUCUUCAGGCUCGAUUUGACCAUGAGCGGCCAGGACUGUAACACUCAGAGCGUGCAGCGUGACGGUUUUCAGACUGGGAUCUACUCGAACACGGUCGUCCUUCAGCACCAUUCCGUGGUGAUGACCAAGGCCGACAAGAUAUACAAGGUGAAGUGCACGUACGACAUGUCCUCGAAGAACAUCACCUUCGGGAUGAUGCCCAUCAGAGACCCGGAAAUGAUCAGCAUCACCAGCGCACCGGAAGCCCCUCCUCCAAGAAUUCGCAUUCUCGACAGCAGGACCAGGGAAGUCGAGACUGUGCGAAUCGGAGACAAACUCACCUUCAGAAUCGAAAUCCCGGAAGACACUCCUUAUGGCAUCUUCGCUCGCAGCUGCGUCGCCAUGGCAAAGGACUCGAAGAGCACGUUCCAGAUCAUAGACGACGAAGGAUGCCCGGUCGAUCCCUCGAUCUUCCCAAGUUUCACGCCGGACGGAAAUGCUCUACAAUCGAUCUACGAGGCGUUUAGAUUCACCGAGUCCUACGGCGUGAUCUUCCAGUGCAACGUUAAAUACUGUCUAGGACCUUGCGAGCCGGCUGUUUGCGAGUGGGGUCGCGAAUCGGUAGAAUCGUGGGGUAAGAGGCGUCGAAGGAGCCUCGCGAACGCCACAGAAGAAAAGGCGGAGGACAUGACGUUAUCGCAGGAGAUCUUGGUCCUCGACUUUGGCGACGAAAAGCAAUCGGACUUCUUCAAGAGCGACUCUAGCAUAGACUUCAACGAAGCUGACAAAACGGUGACCAUAGUCGAGCCCUGUCCGACCAAGACGUCCGUGUUAGUUUUGGGGGUAACGUGUGCCCUCCUGGUCCUAAUCUACAUCUCCACGAUCUUUUGCUACUACAUGAAGAAAUGGCUGUCGCCUCGUAAAAUGAUGCCCUGAAAUCUCACCUCGGUAUCCGCGAGGAGCCGAGACGGCGGUGAAGAGGAAGAGGAGGAGCGCGAUGGAAAACAACUCCGUAUUAAAGUGCUAAUUCGCCUAUUCGCGUGACACGUCGCGUACACGUUACGAGAUCACUCGCGCAACCGACGAACCCGAGAAACGCGUGUUCGCGUGGAAAAAUUACGACAGCAAUUCAUAUUAAUCGCGUUUCACGUCGUAUCCGCUUCCGAGAAGCAGAGGACGUCGAUUCUUCCGCGCGAACAGCUGUGUUCGCUUCUCGAUCCAAACAAUUUCGGGUUUAUCGCGAUGCCCCUUGCGAGUAUCGAACGACGACCAUUGCGUCCAAACGCAGCCUCGAGUUCUAAAUUUUGAUUAGUACGACAAAAACGUCGGAUAAAGUAAUUGUACGCAGAGUCGCGACGACGAUCGCGAGUCGCUUGCGCAACUCUCUCAAACGGACGUUUUCGUCGAUGGUAUUGAAACGGCACUCAUUAUAGAACACUUUAAAUAUAAUUUCACGCGAACAUUACGACGUUGCUGGUCGCGAGUGACGAGAAUCACGAGGUUUUGCCGCUUGUGCAACGCCCUCGCGACGGGGAAUAGUUUAAACGCGUUCAGGAUCGAUUUUAUAGAUGGUGAUAUAUGGUUAAUUACACGUCGGUUUCCAGAUUAUCUUUACAGGGAGAAGCUCCAUCGCUUUACGCGUCUUAUGUCUGAUUCAUUCCUUUAUACAUAAUAUUUAUCGUGCAUAUUCGGAUCUUAUAGAUCGCAUACUGGGACGAAGAUCGCAGGGAUCUUGCGUGCAAUAUUUCGUGGCGAGUCGCCGGAACACGCGUCGGUCGUCGUCGAGACGAUGAACCGAUCGAAAUCGAAAGAAACGUCAACGUCGAAUUAAAAACAAAAGAAAGAUUUCGCAUUUGAUCAUCGUCGGCCGGACGAAAAUUGUUCCUCGAUCCGCGGAUUAGUAAGUUCUUCUCUCUACGAGGUGAUAGAGUUGAACAAAUUCUGUUUCGAAUUAUCGAUGAAAAUUCCAGAUAAAUUCCACAGAACAAAAACGGAUAACUUUUUACCUUUACGAAUAAAUCUGGUAUUUUUACUCGUUACUCAAAACGAAAUUUGCUCGACUCUGCGAAGCGACCAGGGACACCCUGACGACAAACGUUGUAAUAAGUACAUUUUAUUUAAGGUCAUCUUAGACACAGCUAACCGUCUUAUCCCUCAAGGGCUAUUUCUGAUCGGGUUGCAAGGAGAGAACGAGACGAAACCAGCGACUGUCCCUUUACCCGCAGAUUUAUCGCUCUGCGUCGUUGGCUAGUGGAAGUGAAAGCAGAGAUGGUCAAAAGUCGUAGAAUUAAAACUAGUUCGAAUUAUGAGAAAUUAAAGUGUUAACUAUUCGAUCGAAUAAACGUGGCGAAUAACUCGCUAUACGCUGAUUUUACUCGCCAUCUAUUAUUCGAAUCAAAUUUUGUCUAUCUCUGAUCGAUGGUGCCGCGAUCGUUCGAUACGGCUCUGGCUACCUUUUUCGUUCCACGGAUAUCGACUUGUAACCCGUAUCAAGACUAGCGAUAUUUAAAGGUUCACGCUUCACUAACGUCUCUAACGAUACAACUUAGCGUUUAAGUUAGGAAAUAAACGGAACAUGUAGGCAUAGUUAAAAGGAGAGCGAGAAAACGAACAGAGAAAGAUAACAUUUCUCGAACGCGACGAGCAGUCUCGAUCUCGAGGCAACCGGUGCUUUUAUCGAUCGUUCGAAAGUUUUCGCGUUCGAUCAACGAUUCGAUCUCUUCGUAGAUACAAUCGUCGGUAGAAAAUCCAUCGGUAAAUCUGCGUAUGGAACAACUGGAAGGUUAAUCGGGUCCAUUCUGGUUUGGAACGUUAAGAUGACGAAGCUGCGAAGAAUUUUUUCGAAGAACCUGCUCUACCGAUUCUGUUAUAGCCAUACGUGCAAAAGUAAAGGAACAUAUUAAAUUUUAAUGCCAUAACCGUAACAUAAAUGUCAUAAUCCUGACGAAAUUCACAUGAUCCCAGUGAUACGGACACAUCCUCCGAGUGAAAAUGAUUUGGAGCGUACGUUCGAGUUUACCGACGUUACAAAAAUGCAAAAAAAAAAAGUCGAUUUCUUUGCGGCGACAAACCAGAAAGGCCCCUCGGGGUACCGAGUCUACCAUGAAUCGACCACGGAAUUAAAAUCAGUGAAAGUUCGAAUUCGAUCGACGCGAGCUGCCAGAAAAACCGGCUUUUUGCAACGCUCGUAAGCGCAAAUGUGUACUUUGAUUCUCGGUAUCUAACCACGAAUACUCAAAUACCAAAUUUACACUCGAGAUCAUCGUCCAAGAACGAUCGAUCUUGAAUCAAAGGUAUGGCGAGGAACAUCAUAAAUUCCAUACGGCCUAAACGCCAACAGAUUUUCGUAACCUUUCGGAUCUAUCUAGACAAAUGUCGAUCAAAUUAACAUUGACUUUUUAUCGACUGUUCCUGACUGCAUUGAUUGGUACGACGAUUAAAGUGGAUUUUGGAAAGAGCCACCUCAUCGAGGGUAGAAACAAAUAAAGCAAAUGUAUAUAUAUAUUGGAUCGUAGUAGGUAUUGAAAUGGAGACACGCAUACACGCAUCAAUAUCACAUGUAUUUGUACUCUAUUUAAGUACGCGAAUGUUUUAAUAA